UUAACCCUAACAACUAACAACCAACUAUUUUCACCCUUUUUGUUCUUUUUAUCUUCAGUUGGAGAUGAAUGAACGCAGAUGGAGAUGUCACUGUAAAAAUUAAAAAGAAGAAAUUUAGAUCCAAAACCCACGGAGGCCACAGCUUUCACCGAAACCUCUCAGUUUUUUAUGGCUGCUUUAAUUUCAUUGACUGGUGAGACUCAGUUCAUUCACAGUGUGUGCGCAAUUGUGGUAAAGGGUCAGUGGAGCAACCUCUUGAAACCCAACAAUGAUUUUCUUCUCAGCUCGGCAACCAUUCACCAGGUACUACUGCAACUCUCAUUCCAUGGCUAUGGCCUUUCUCCUUCCUGGGCUUUCUUCAAAUGGGUCGAAUCACUUCCCACUUGCAAGCACUCCUUGCAAUGUUCUUGGACUAUGAUUCACAUCCUCACCAAGCACACCCACUUCAAACCUGCACACCAACUGCUUGAAAAAAUUGCCCUUAAGGAUUUCUUGUCUUCUCCGUCGGUUUUGAAUGCUUUGGUUCGGACCAAUGACGACCGUGAUGUGAAUUCACAUGUUUUGAGCUGGCUUGUGAUCUUUUAUGCUAAUUCUAAGAUGACCCAAGAUGCAAUUCAGGUUUUGGAGCUUAUGAGGAUUCAUGGGUUUAAGCCCCAUUUGCAUGCUUGUACUGCCUUAUUGAGUUCUUUGGUUAAAGAUAGGAUGACUAAUAUGGUAUGGAAAGUUUACAAGAAUAUGAUCAAGGCCGGGGUUGUGCCAAAUGUUCAUUUGUACAAUGUGUUGAUUCAUGCUUGUUGCAAGUCUGGGGAUGUAGAGAAGGCAGAGAGUUUGCUAAGUGAGAUGGAAUUCAAGUGUGUCUUUCCUGAUCUUUUCACAUAUAAUACGUUGAUAUCGCUGUAUUCCAAAAGGGGUAUGCACUACGAAGCUUUGUCUGUUCAGGAUAGAAUGGAAAGAGCAGGAGUUAGCCCUGAUAUGGUGACAUACAAUUCUCUUAUGUAUGCGUUUUGUAGAGAAGGUAGGAUGAGGGAGGCUGUAAGACUUUUCCGUGAAAUCAAAGGUGCUACUCCGAACCAUAUAAGUUACACCACAUUAAUUGAUGGGUAUUGUAGAGUGAAUGACCUGGAAGAAGCUUUAAGGUUGUGCGAGGUAAUGAAGGCCAAAGGACUGUAUCCAGGAGUUGUUACUUAUAAUUCAAUUCUUCGCAAGUUGUGUGAACAAGGCAGGAUGAGGGAUGCAAAUAAACUUUUGAAUGAGAUGAGUGAUAGGAACGUUGAACCUGACAAUGUCACGUGCAACACAUUGAUUAAUGCUUAUUGUAAGAUAGGAGAUAUGAGGUCUGCUGUCAAUGUGAAGGACAGGAUGUUGGCAGCUGGACUGAAGCUGGACGAGUUUACACAUAAAGCACUCAUUCAUGGAUUUUGCCAGGUUCUGGAAAUGGACAGUGCUAAAGAUAUUUUAUUUAGCAUGCUUGGUGCAGGAAUUUCUCCUAGUUAUUGCACCUAUACAUGGAUUAUAGAUGGUUACUGUAACCAGGGGAAUGAAGCAGCAGUUAUAAGACUACCGGAGAAAGGUCUUUGUGCUGAUGUCUCUAUGUACAGGGCAUUAAUAAGAAGGUUAUGUAAACGUGAAAGGGUUGAUGAAGCGGAAAAGGUUUAUCUUAUGCGAGAGAAAGGUAUAUCAGGAGACAGUGUAAUAUAUACUAGUCUUGCAUAUGCUUACUUGAAAGCAGGAAAGUCCUGUGUAGUUUCAGCGAUGCUAGAUGAAAUGUACAAGAGGAGGUUGAUGGUGACACGCAAGAUCUAUAGAUCUUUCAGUGCUUCUUAUGCCAGAGACAAUGAUAGCAUACGCCUGUUUUGGGAUCAUAUGGUAAAGAGAGGCCUAAUGUCAAAAAAUGUUAUUACUAAGGAAAUGCAGCAAACAUAAAUGAACGAUGCAAUGUUACUAGGGGCCUGCUUUUAGGCUCAAUAUUUCAUGCUAUAGCACAAACCUCUCUGCCUGUGAAAGGUGUUGGAGACUGGUAUUGACUGGGGCACCCAAAGGUGUAUGGGACUGCUGAAGAAUCCAAGAGACUAGUAAGUGCUUGUUGAGUAAUUUUGCUGGUCAAGUGAGGUUUUUUUGUCCCUCAUGUUGUUGAUGACCAAGUACGUUUAUGAUAUAUGAUCAGUCUUUAGUGGGAUUUGAUCAGGAAACAAAUCUCGUCAUGCCUCUUUUAUCUAUUGGAAUUGCUCUCUACUACCAUUUGGAGUAACUUAACAGAUAUGCUGAUUUUGCUGAGGCUUUCUGAGGCAUCAACACAACUAAUCAGAGUGUGAUGGUUAACUAAGGAUGGGCGGUAUAAAUUACACGAAACCGUUUUGGGCUGUUGUGAGACCCAUGGAGAUGUGAUUAAAUCAAGGAGUAGGCUAAACGUGAAAGUACGUGGAUUGGGGUUCUUCAAAAUUAUAUCUGGAGAGAUGGUUUGGUAACUGUAUGAAGAGCUGCAUUGUUGACCAUGCGGUUGAACAAUCCUUCAUGCUGCAGUUUUAAGGUGACAAGUUCAUCUGCACUUCUGGUUUGGCAUAUGUGAAGCUCAAGCAACGGAAGCUACAUACGGCCGUCAGUGUUUAUAGUUGAGGCGAUUUGAUACCUUCAAGGCCAUGCCUAGUUGUUGGAAGCACCGUGACCCACUAGUCUAACUCCAUGUUUGGUCCAAAAACCGGCACAGUGCUCCCCCAGCGGAGCUCGAAAACCACACUUUCUUGCUGUAGGAUGUUGUCCAUGGAGCACAUCUCGGUUCCAGAGCACUCCAAAGAGACGGACUCAUUUCAAAUGUGGUUAGACUUGGCGGAGAUUUCUCUGGUGUUGAGCAUAAUUCUUCUGUUGUUUCGUGCCGAAAGAGAGCAUCGAACAAACAGGUUUCCCGUGGUCUUGAAUUCGGUGUUUCUUGCUUGUAUGAUCCUCAGUUCACAGCCAAGGGAAGAAAAUUUUGAAGGAGUCAUUGUGUGUGUGUGAGAGUUGUAGAUAGAAAGAGAAAGUGCUGAUGGAUUCUUUGGUGAAGGGAAGGUGGUUUAUAUAUGGUGGAUGGGAUAUUUAUUGGAGGGAAGGUGGCAUUGCUUUUUGAGGAAGCUGCUUUUAUGCAUAAAUUAAUAGUAGACCUGGCAUUCGUGUCGUGUUUUC